AUGCAAGAAGAAGAGACUGUCCUCACGGGCAGCCCCAAGCUGACGCCUUUUCCAGCACUGCGCAAGAGCCGGGUUUCUUCAGGAGCAUCAUUUGGUGAUAUCUACCGAGAACCAGCUUAUGUGGAUGCUGUCCAGGGCGGGAGUAACACUCUGCCGGGACCGCGGGGGCGGCUGGGCGGGAAAGGCCGGCUGGGACCGGCUGGGACCGGCUGGGACCGGUUACGGGGCGGUGCCGCGCACAGCCCCGCCCCCUCUCCCCGCGCUGGGGCACGGCCGUGCCCACAGCGCCCCCUGGGGAAGCGGGCGGCCGCGAUCGACGAGCUCGGCCGCUCGACGGAGGGUCCUGCUCGGCGGUGCGGAGUGCGACUGUCUCUGCCGGAAGCGGGGCGGUUGUCGCCGGUGCUGGGGGGGGAGGAGGAGGCGGCGGCGGCGGCGGAGCAGCAGCAGUUCUACCCGCGGAGCUCCAUCGAAGAUGACUUCAACUAUGGCAGCAACGUGGCCUCGGCCAGCGUCCAUAUCCGCAUGGCUUUUCUACGCAAAGUCUACAGCAUUCUUUCCAUUCAAGUUCUUUUGACCACAGUCACAUCUGCAAUUUUUCUGUACUCUACUGGAGUGCAGGCAUUUGUUCAUGAAAGGCCUGCCUUGCUUUUGAUAUCUGCAUUUGGAUCUUUGGCUAUAAUCGUGGCACUGACCAUCUACAGACACCAACAUCCUGUUAACUUAUACCUGCUUUUUGGAUUUACCCUACUGGAAGCACUGACAGUUGCCAUUACAGUGAGUUUCUAUGAUGUGUCCAUUGUGUUGCAAGCCUUUAUUCUUACUACUGCUGUAUUUCUUGGACUGACGGCAUAUACCUUGCAGUCAAAGAGAGACUUCAGCAAAUUUGGAGCAGGCCUCUUUGCUUGUUUGUGGAUUUUAAUCUUCUCGGGUUUCUUGAGGCUGUUUUUCUAUAGUGAGACGAUGGAGUUGGUGUUUGCUGCUGCUGGAGCUCUUCUGUUCUGUGGAUUUAUUAUUUAUGACACGCAUUUGCUCAUGCACAAAUUAUCCCCUGAAGAAUAUAUAUUGGCUGCAAUCAAUCUCUACUUGGACAUCAUCAAUCUGUUCUUACACCUGCUGCGUUUACUGGAGACAUUUAAUAAAAAAUAGUCAAAAGCGGUGUUGUUUGACUAUCGCGUAUAUAAAGUUAAGCGUUUGAAUGAUCUGUAAACUGUGUAGUUCUGUCUUCUGGAGACUGAAUCUUUAUUACUUUUUCAUUCCAUGAAUACUGAUCCCUUCUUGGGG